AUGUCUCCCUCAUCAUCAGCACAACCACUGACAGAGUCUGGAGCAAAGGACAGAUCGAGACACAACUCUCUCCAGGAACCCGCCAGACUACCAAAGCCAUCAUCGAGACCAGGGAGUCCAAGCUUUCCUAUGCAAACAGUGGCCCAGAACUCCCCACACUACACCGUCUUCAUCAGACUACCAUUUAAGCGCGGAGAAUUUCAAGACCCGCCACCAGUAGAGUGGGACGCCACUAAAGAUCGGAGGCUAUGGAAGCUCAUUUCAUCCGGGAAAGGAGAGUUGAACUGGGAGGGACUGAGUCAAGACUUUGGGGUCGAGCUGAGCUUUUUGUUGAUGCAAGCUGCCUGGUGCGAUUGAUCACGAGUUUAUAUUCGGAGACAAAUCGCUGAUCUGUGUCACAGGCUUAAUGAGAGACACGUGGACAGGAUACGAAAGCAGGUCGGAAGACUCCCUGGCAUUAAUACUGCCGGAGAGACGACUGGGAGCGCUAUUGCAAGUGCUGUCGGAGGCAGCAAGACGGAAAUAAUUGCCGCGAAGGGUAUACAUACCCUCGAUCCGUCUUUGCCAUCACGAAACUGACGAUAUUCCCAGGCGGAAACGAAACCUCCUCCCCAGGAACCUCAACUCCACAACCCCAACAAAGCCGCGUCCCCAUCUCCAGAACUCCAUCCGCGGUAACCGUGACUCAAAGCAAGCUAUUAGGUUCCACCACCACCACCUCCCGCCGCCGACGUCCCAACCCCAUCACAACAUCCCACUCUCCCAAAGAAGCACCCUUGGACUCGUCCGACUCCUCGUCGGAAUCCGAGCCCCCUUCCGCAAUCCAGAGAAGCCAAGCCUUCCGUCGUCCCCCGAUAGCUUCCCGCUCCAAAGCAAAACCCACCCUAGGAACCCUCGGCUCCGACGGCGACGAAGAGUCCCAAAACGACUCCGACUCGGACUCAGGGGGCGGGUACCUCCCCUUCGCGACUGCCUCAAAGGAUCCUGCUGCAGCUGCUGCUGCUACAACUCCCAAGCGUCAGACGUUCCCUACUUCCCCGCCAGCUCAAACCCAACCCGGCAAACCCACUCCUCCAUCCCGGCAGGAUGCAACAACAACCACCACGACGACAACGUCCUCUGCUUCUUCCGCGACGUCUACUUCGGCGGCGCCGCCGCAGCAGACCACCACCACACCGAAUCGCGCCACCAAUGCCCUCUCUCCAAGACAGCGCGCGAAUUUGGCAAGCGGAAGUGAAGGGACCGGUUCUCCGUCUAUGGGCUCGAGUUUCAGCGAUCUAGACGAUGCCAGUGUGACGCAAUCGGCAUUGGAAGAUGCUCUCAUGAGCAACAUGCGUGCGCAAGGCGGGAGCACGAUGGCGAGUAGGAUGAGUAGCCUGAGAGAAGCGCUGGGAAGGAGAGUAUGA